AUGGAUACGUUUGGACCCCCAGCAUGGUUUUUACAAAUGAAAGCAGAUGAAGAGAAACGUAGGCAAGAAGAGAAAGAGGAAAAUGAAAAGCGUAGGGAGGUGAAGGAGAAGCGUAGACAAGAAGAGGAAGAGUUGAAAGAGAAGCGUGGACAAAAAGAGGAAGAGGAGAAGGAGAGGCAAAAUAAACUAGUACAAAAACAAAACAAUUUAAAAACCGACUUAGAAAACAAAAUAGACGAACAACAAAACUAUUUAAGACUAUUACAUCAACAAAUCGAUUUAAAGAUUGAUUUGGAAAAUAAAAUAAAACAACAACAAAACGAUUUGAAAUCUAAUUUAGAAAGACAAAUAGUUGAGUUAGAAACAAAAAUUAAUACCCAAGCAUCUUUAUCUCAUAUUAUUUCAGUAACUAAUAUCGAAUCAGAACAAACAGCUUCAUCAUCUUUCAUAGUUCAACCAGACACAAUGAGAAAUAGCAAACUUUUGAAACCACCCACCUUCGAUGGCCAAACAACAUGA